CUAUUUCUCAAGUCACAUGCUUCGCGAUAAUCAGUACCAAAUGGAAGAAAUAGAUGACGAGAUAAGUCGCGUACUAGCUGAGUUAGCGCGGGUUUCAGUCAAUUUUCGCGAUCGCAAUGUCGCAGCGGGAUCGCACGAUUCAUAUUGUUCAUUAUAAGCAAUCGAGCUAAAUCCACGGGAAUGUGAUACGGAAAUAAAUUGUUGUUUGUUCGCAAUUUGUCUAGUAAAAAAUACGAUUUCAGCAAAUUCUUUAGAAAUCUCUUAGGAAUUUUUGGAGUUUAUAGGGAGCUAACGUUAUCAAAAAUCUCAAAUUUCUAGUAGAAGCAGUGCACCGAGCACUAAUUAUAAGAUACUAAAAUCACAUGUAUCAGAAUUAUAUUACGAUUUAAAUUUUAUUUAUAUAAAUCCUACACUUUUUUAAUUUUUAAAUAGCUUUAUUGAAAAUGUACCGCAGUAAUCAUUGCUCUCGUAAUCAUCCUCAAUAUAAUAUAUGUAUAUAACUUCAUUAAUAAACCAUCAAUAAUAUUUGUUCAAGUGUCUUUUGCUUUUAUUUCUUCGCGCAUUUUCUUCAUCUUUUUACAGCAUGUUUCAUGAAAACCAUCAAUUUUUAAUAUGCAUUAUAUAUUAGAUAAUUUCUUGAAAUUUUGUUGCGUGUUCUUAAAAAUGUUUGUAAACUGUAUCUGCUGAGAAUGUCGAAGAUCUCAUUUAUAAAGCAGUGCAAAACAAUCUAAAGAGCUUUAUUCAUUCGUAUGACAGUGCAUAUCUGCUCCUCAUCUCUAAUUAACGAUUAAUUGAUAGCUUAAUUGACCUAGAUGAUAGCGGGCUAGUAAAGAAGAAGUUAGGUUUUAUGGCAACCGCGGGAAUACUAUCUAAUUAUACGUGCAAUUCUGAAGUCACCUUGAAUGCAUCUUGAAUGCAUGAAGCAAAACUCGGUUUCAAGUUUUUUUUUAUCAGUAUCGAACAACAUACAUAUAUUGCAACGUGUGACAAAUUAAGAAGAGAAAUAAAAUCAACAAAGUUAUGAAAGUUAACGAUGAAAGCAAACAUUUUGUUUCCAGUAGAAAUUUAAAAAAAAUUAAAAAAGGAGAAAUAUCGAUUAAAAUUAGAUUACGUAAGAUCAGAAAUUCCGAUGUGAUGUCCGUGCUUUGGCAUCUUACAUAAUUCGAAGAUCAUUGGCCCCGACGUUAGGUUUAUUGGUUACCAUUGUCUGACGAUCAUAUUGAUCGUGGAUUGAAUUUAUGUGAUUUAAUGCCCGCCGGCUGUCGUUGGGUUCAAGUUUAUAAUAGCAUUUUCGAAUACGAAGAUCGGAUUUAGCAUAGCCACAAAACCGUGGCUCUGGCUAAUAAUUUCCCUGUGCCUAAAUCUCAUCUGUGGUCUCGGACUGUUACUCUGGAGGGAGGAGAUUGACGAAGUAGAACUCUAUAUGCCAAUUAAUUCUGUGUUCCGUAAGGAUGCCGCGUGGGUGAAGGAGCACUUCCGAGACGAUCUCAGACACGAAAGUGUCAUCGUCACUGCCCCCAACGUGCUGGAUCCCGAAGUGCUGCGAUCGAUCAGAGAUAUUGAAAGAGAUGUGAAGAAUAUAGUGGUAAAUAAUAAUACUUGGGAAGAUGUGUGCGCUGGAUAUUUUGCAUGGUUCCAAGAAGAUGAUAAAUGGGAAACUAUGGAUAAAUCUGAGUUUCCCGAAGAAUAUCUGCCUAUUAUAAACAGUACAAUGACGAAGGAACCCUGUAUUCAUAAAUCCCUUUUGAAGAUAUGGCAUAAGAACGGUAGGAACAUCGAUAAAUUGACAAAGACUAGAAUACUGAAGGAUGUUACUGCGACUCUGCAAAAUAAGAAUAAAAAAGACAUAUUAUCCGACAUCAAGCCGCUACUGGGCGGCGUCGAAUAUGACCUGAACGGGAGAGUAAAGGGUGCGAACGCGACAAUUUUAUUUUGGUUGCUGAAGAAGACCAAUCCGCAGUCACCGGAAUGGGAGAUCGAGUUCAUCGAGAGGGUACUGCAGUCGAAUCGUACCCUGCCGCCGGGCAUGAAACUCUACGCAAUAACGAAACGUAGCUACCAAGACAUGCUGCACGAGGUGGUCAACAGUAACAUGACUGUAUUGUUCUGCGGCAUGUCGCUGAUCACAAUCUAUGUGAUCGUGAUGAUCAGUCGGUGCAACGCGAUGCAGCAACGGAUAUACCUAUCCCUCAUGGGUAUCUUCGUGGUCGGCCAGGCUAUCUUGUCGUGUUACGGGCUGUGCUAUUACAUGGGAUUUUUCUACGGCCCGGUUCAUCCGAUCCUGCCGUUUCUACUACUUGGUAUCGGCGUCGACGAUAUGUUCAUCAUCAUGCAAAGCCUUGAAAAUACAUACGAGACGGACAAGUCCUUAGACAUUCCUACUCGUAUAGCAAAGUCCAUUCAAGUCUCAGGGAUGUCCAUCACCGUGACAUCGUUCACCAACAUGGUGGCCUUCGCCAUCGGCAUGACGACGGUGAUGCCGUUCCUGAGGUCCUUUUGCAUAUUCGCCGCAAUGGGUAUACUAUUCCUCUAUAUUUACGAGAUCACGUUCUUCGUCAGCUGUCUGGUAUACGACGAGAGACGAUUGGCGGCGAAGAGGGAGGGCUGCUGCUGCCAGCCGCAGCCCAAUUGGCGAUCGAACAAGUGCAGCAAGCAAAACUUUCAACGGUUCGUUUUCGAGAAAUACGUCGGGCCCUGCGUGAUGAGAACGUCGAUGAAGACGAUCAUCCUGUUAGCCACCGCUAUCUUGCUGGGCGUUAACGUGUGGGCGAUAUUUCAAUUGGAACAGAACUUCGAUCCGCUCGUCUAUUUGAAUCAGGAGUCCUACCCUAUACAGUUCAACAACGAACUGAUGAAAAACUUUCCAAAGUACGGCAAGCAUGUCAAUAUAUACCUGACGGGCGUGGACUAUUAUGAGGAUCGCCAUGCGCUAUCCCAGCUGGUAGACAAUCUGAAGCAAAAUCCGUACGUCAACAAUCGUACUUUGGACCCGUGGUUCACCGCGUAUCAGGAGUGGCUGGACACUACUGGCAAAAUACAUUACGUCGAGGAUAAAGAGGAGUAUUAUAACAUACUCACGGAAUUUCUGCUAUUCACGGUGAAGGGCCAAGCGUACAUCCAGAAUAUGAAAUUCAAUAAAUUGCCGUUUAACGACUACAAUAUUACGACGUCGCAAAUUACAGUGCAACACAUUCCCAUAAGUACAUCGGCCGAUCAAAUACGAGCUAUGCAAUCCAUCAGAGACGCCGUGCAAUCAGUGAACUUCACUCAGGGAUACGAUCACGUCGCACUUUAUUCGCUCGAUUAUAUAGCAUGGGCAUCGAACAAAAUCAUUGGCGAAGAAUUGAUCAGGAACUUGAGUUUAGAGAUACUGGCGGUAGGAAUAGUGACACUGGUCCUACUUAGGAAUUUACUCGCGUCGUUUUGGGUGAUGUGCUGCGUGCUGUUCACGCUCAUCGAUCUUCUAGGCUCAAUGUACUUUCUAGGAUUGACUGUCGAAAUAUCGUCGACUAUUAUGAUCCUGUUAUGCGCCGGAUUGGCAGUUGAUUAUGCCGCGCACAUUGGACUGGAAUUUAUACGCUCAAGCGGCAGUAAAAAAGAACGAGCACUAACGACGUUUAACAUUAUCGGACCGGCAGUGUUUAAUGGUGGCUUGAGUACAUUCCUUGCCUUUAUCCUGUUAGGUUUCAGUCAGGCUUACGUUUUCAUAGCUUUUUUCAAGCUGAUCACGUCCGUAGUGGUGUUUGGUUUGUUUCACGGAUUACUAUUUCUACCUGUGAUAUUGAGCUUGGCGGGACCCAGUGAGAGAAGGCAACACAGCCUAGAAAAGAGUCAAGCUAUGCAAUAUCACAACGGUUAUUUUACCGUCCAUCUGUCCCAAAAUGGGAAAGAUACAGAAGACGCAAUUGCUAAAUGACGUUUAGCAAUGCUUCAAAAGGCUGCUUAGGUAAAAAUAUUUUUGUAGAUAAUUGUAGCGCACUGG